UUUUUUUUUUUUUUUUUUUUUUUUUUUUUUUUUUUUUUCGCAUGUCUAUAUGAAUAGUUUCGAUAUCUAUAGCAAGAAUCGAGAGAUUUAUGAUAAAUUCAUACGACAUUCGUCCGAAAGCAAUAGAGUUCUUGAAAAUAAACUUUUUGAAUUUUAUAAACUAAAUGAAAUUGAACAAAACUAUGAACUAGACUUUUUUCAUUUGAUUUUUAAACAUGCUCGAGCAUGUGAUGAUUGCGCAAUGCAAACAUCAAUUACUCAGCUUUCUCAAUUGGUAGUUGAUUUAGUGCUGAAUCAAAGACGAACAUCCUAUCCUCUUUUGAUAUGCAUGAUCGAUCUUGUUAAAAGUAACGACACUUUAAGUCAUUCUACGCUGAAUCAAUUCAUGUCAGUCGCAUGUUCAUUAUGGAAUCACGAUAAAAUCUACAUGUGUCGAAAAUCAAUGGAACUUUGUUACAGACUUAUAGGAUUGAUACAAGAUGACAGUAGUUACAUUAUACAAAACGUAAUUAAAUACAUUCGACACUAUCGCUUAAUUAUGAAUAGAGAUGAUUUAGAGAACAUGAGAUUACCCGAUUAUACCGAAUUUUUCAAUGAUGGUUGUCAUGCAUCAACUUUUGAUCGGGGUACAAUUAAAUUAUUGGUUCAAAUAAUCUUGCGAUUAUUUCUGAAAAAAGAAAAUCCAAUGAUGAAUGAUUUAAUGAUUGAGUUAAAAGAGGUCUAUGAUAGCUGUAUUAAAUCAAAGAAUGAAUUUUGGGAAAUAUUAUUUGAUAUUUGUUGUGUUAAUGAUGACGACACAGUUCAAUUACUUGAUACAAUUCUUUUAUUAUACCAACAACUGUCAUCAUCAAGCUAUUAUUUAUCAUUCCUUAAAUCCAUCGAUAUUGACCCACAUCUUCUUUUCCUCUUUUUUCUUUAUCGCUGCGGAAGUACGCAUGAUAUUUUGAUUGAUUUACUCUUGGAAAAUGAUUCAGAAUUUCUUGCUUACUUUCAUCAAUAUAUUCGGUACACUAUCAAUCAUAUGUUGGAAUUUAAAUAUGCUUUAGAAAAUUCUUUUAUUGACUUGGAUACUUUGCAGGCUAUUAUAGCAAAUGUGUUGCUUAUUUUAGAUGGAGAUGGCUUCCCAUAUAAUACAAAGCCGUUAAUUAGACGUUUGACUCAAUUUGAAGAAUUACUGUAAAAUAAUAUAAAAAAAAAUAAAAAAAAAAAAGAUAAAAUACUUUAUAUAACAUAUCUACAAUAAUGAAGGAAGGGGUGAAUAUAUCUAAGAUCAAAUAGUCUAUUCAAUGUAUAUAACAAUU